UGGCGAUCAUAUAUACAAAUACUUUGAGCUCCUAGUCUGCCAUUCUCACCAGAUGCCCAUGGCUAUGACCCCUUUCAGACUGUGUUCACUGGUUCUAUUUUUAUCAUGUGCUUUAGUUGCAGAAUCAAAGUUCAUGGUCUACAAAACUGGGCAGAGCGUUGUUCCCGGGAAGCUCAAUGUUCAUUUGGUUCCUCACACGCACAAUGAUGUGGGAUGGAGGAAGACUGUCGAUCAGUACUACGUGGGUUCAAACUAUACUGCUGAUGAAGGGUGUGUUGAGAAUAUACUGGAUUCUUUGAUUCCAGCACUUCUGGCUGAUAAGAACCGGAGAUUCAUCUAUGUUGAACAGGCAUUUUUCCAGCGUUGGUGGAGAGACCAGAGCAAGAUAGUCCAGAAUAUAGUCAAGCAGCUUGUCAGCUCGGGUCAACUAGAGUUCAUAAAUGGGGGUAUGUGCAUGCAUGAUGAGGCUGCCACAAAUUACAUUGACAUGAUUGAUCAGACAACCCUUGGGCAUCGGUUUAUCAAAGAUGAGUUCGGUGUGACUCCCAGAAUUGGUUGGCAAAUUGAUCCCUUUGGCCAUUCUGCAGUGCAGGCUUAUCUGUUGGGAGCAGAGGUUGGAUUUGAUUCUCUUUUCUUUUGGCGAAUCGACUACCAAGAUGUAGCUAAACGGAAAAAAGAGAAGAGUCUUGAGGUUGUCUGGCAGGGCUCUAAGAGUUUUGGUUCAUCAGCACAGAUCUUUGCUAGUGUGUUCCCAAAUAGCUAUGCACCUCCAACUGGUUUCAACUUUGAAAUUAACUAUGGCUCCCCUAUUGUCCAGGAUGACAUCAACUUAUUUGACUACAAUGUCCAAGAGCGUGUUAACGACUUUGUAUCUGCUGCAAUCUCACAAGCCAACAUAACUCGCACAAAUCAUAUAAUGUGGACCAUGGGGAUGGAUUUCAUGUAUCAAUAUGCAACCACAUGGUUCCGGCAAAUGGACAAGCUUAUCCAUUAUGUUAAUCAAGAUGGAAGAGUCAAUGCCUUGUACUCAACCCCAUCAAUUUACACUGAUGCAAAAUAUGCAGCAAAUGAGUCCUGGCCGCUCAAAACUGAUGAUUUCUUUCCAUAUGCAAAUACUCUCAACACUUACUGGACAGGAUAUUUCACGAGUCGACCAGCCCUCAAAGGCUAUAUAAGAAUGUUAAGUGGAUACCAUUUGGCAGCAAGGCAAUUGGAAUUUUUCAAGGGGAGGAGUAAAACAGGUCCAAAGACCGACACUCUAGCUGAUGCUUUGGCAAUUGCUCAGCAUCAUGAUGCGGUUACUGGCACAGAGCAGCAGCAUGUGGCUGAUGAUUACGCAAAACGACUGUCAAUAGGCUACAAGGAGGCUGAAGAGUUAGUUGCAACUUCACUUGCUUGCAUGGUAGAGUCUGCAUCAAAAACUGGAUGCAGGAACCCCGCGACUAAGUUUCAACAGUGUCCACUCAUGAAUAUAAGUUACUGUCCCCCAUCAGAAAUAGAUCUGUCUCGAGGGAAAAACCUGGUUGUUGUUGUGUACAAUUCUCUGGGAUGGAAAAGAGAUGAUGUAAUUAGAAUUCCUGUGAUCAAUGGGAAUGUCACUGUUAAGGACCCUAGUGGAAAAGAAAUAGAGUCACAGCUUCUACCUAUAGCCAAUGCUUCUCUUGGCAUAAGAAGCUUUUCUACUAUGGCUUAUCUGGGCAAAUCCCCAAGUGUGGCCCCCAAGUAUUGGCUUGCAUUUUCAGCAUCUGUACCACCUCUUGGCUUCAGCACUUACAUUGUCUUAGGCGCAAAAUCAUCAGCUUCUGCUUCAGUCAGGCAAACAUUUUACAGGUCAGAGAGGAGCCAAAAUAAAACAAUUGAAGUAGGGCCGGGAAAUUUGAAACUUAAUUACUCUGGAAAUGAAGGAAAGCUUACUAAUUAUGCUAAUAGUAGAAACUCGAUUAAAGCAUACUUGGAGCAAUCAUACAGUUUUUACUCUGCAAAUGAUGGAACUGAGCCUUUCAUUUCUCCCACUGAUGGAACUGAAGUUUUUCAGCCCUCUGGAGCAUACAUCUUCCGUCCUAAUGGUACACAUCCCAUAAAAUCUGAAGGGCAGGUUUCUUUUACUGUUCUUCGAGGAUCAUUAUUGGAUGAAGUACAUCACAGAAUCAAUUCAUGGAUAUAUCAGAUCACCAGACUAUACAGGGAUAAAGAGCAUGCUGAAGUUGAGUUUACUGUUGGAUCUAUUCCUAUUGAUGAUAUGAUAGGCAAAGAGGUUGUAACUAGGAUUACAACAACCAUGAAGAGCAACAAAACAUUUUAUACAGAUUCUAAUGGACGUGAUUUCAUUAAAAGGAUUCGAGAUUAUAGAAGUGACUGGGACCUUGAAGUGAAUCAACCUGUUGCAGGAAAUUAUUACCCGAUUAAUCUGGGAAUUUACACGAAAGACAACAGGACAGAGAUGUCAGUCUUGGUUGAUCGACCUGUGGGAGGAUCCAGCAUUGCAGAUGGGCAGUUGGAGCUAAUGCUCCAUAGGAGGCUGGUUACGGAGGAUGACAAAGGAGUUAGAGAGGGACUAGAUGAGACAGUGUGUGUUGUUGAUAAAUGUGAAGGACUAACCAUUCAGGGAAAGUAUUAUCUCAGAAUUGAUCCUUUAGGAGAAGGUGCUAAAUGGCGUCGAUCAUAUGGCCAAGAGAUAUAUUCUCCUCUCCUAUUAGCCUUCUCUGAGCAGGAUGGAGAUAAUUGGGCAAACUCUCAUUUACCCUCCUUUUCGGGGAUGGAUCCCUCCUAUAUGUUACCAGAUAAUGUAGCAAUGAUAACCCUUCAGGAAUUGGAUGAAGGAAAAGUUCUCCUCAGGUUGGCACACUUAUACGAGAUUGGGGAGGACAAGGAUCUCUCAGUCAUGGCAAGUGUAGAACUGAAAAAAGUUUUCCCAGAAAAGAAGAUAAUCAAAAUAACAGAGAUGUCCUUAUCUGCUAACCAAGAAAAGGCAGAAAUGGAGAAGAAGAGACUGGUUUGGAAAGUGGAAGGCUCUGCUGAAAAAAAAUCCAGAGUGUUGAGGGGAGGACCUGUCCACCCAGAAAAGCUAGUGGUAGAACUUGCUCCAAUGGAAAUUCGCACCUUCGUUAUCAACUUCAGUUACAAACAGGUCCAUCAUUGAAAGGUAGCAGAGCCACCUAGAGUUCUUUUCUCAAUUCCAGAGAGGAUUAGCUUGUUGCCAUGAACAUUAUUUUUUGUUGGGUGAGUUUGAUGACUCUCGUUUAUGUUCAGUAUGCUCUGUUUCUGAUUCUAGGCAUACCUCACUUUUACCUUUUGUUCUCUCGCUUAAGCUCUCACCUAUCAAGAAAAAUCAAUUUGAUUUCAACUUAAAUAUAAAAAUCAUCUGUCUUAG